UGAUUCACAGUAGCAUAUUUUAAGUACAGACGCAUACUCUCUGACUUCGUUGAUUUCUUGAUUUCAAGAACUUCAUUUAAUGUUUGAUUGAACGAGAGGUUUCUCAUUCGAGAGGUUUAGGAGUUAUUUCUAGUUUAAAUGACUUCAUGUUCAUGGGAUUUAAAUGGUGAUCUUUUAAAAAAAAUUAAAACUAUACUUCAACGUUUAAAAAGUCCGAAUUUAUCAUUACUGGUAAAACAAGGGGUGUGGAAGUGCUUUUGUUUAUAUUCACUUAUUUCACUCAGGUAAUGGCAGUAAUUGCUUUUCCCCAAAUGCUACAAGUCUCUUUCUCAAAUGCUAGGUCCCCCCCCCCGCCAUGCAGAGCUCAUGGUUCGGUCCGUUGCCAAGGUUACCCUCGGCCUCCGCCGACACAGUGCUGAGUGAGCGCCCGUCGGCUGCUGCUCAUCUGCGGGGUAACAGUCUGGGCGGCCGGCCGGACUUCUUCCCGGGCGCCUCUCCAGCACUGGGUCUUGUGAUGCUGUGGGCCGGGACAGGACAUAUCGGCCGGUUUCCGAUUCCAGAGUAUCCGAAAAAUGCCCCCGCCAGCUUUAAAUCUGCCUUUGCACAAGAGAGACAACAGCAGACACAGCUAAGUCUCUUCCCUUAAUCCCUGACAGUCACAUGGAGUAAGCGACUGUAAGUUUUCUCUGGCGUUUUAAUUCGUUAGAAACAAAUGCUGACACUUUUUUAACGUCUCGAAGUGGGUGCCGAGGCGAGGUUCAGAUCGUGUCCCUUGUAUGCACCGCGAAGUUUCUGUGCUCUCCCUUAGCUGGAGUUGCAGUAUUGUUGCCUAUCCGACCAGCUGGAUCCUGGUCGGGGAAUCUGCCCGACCCGGGGGCGGAGAACCGGCGGAUCUGAGGAGCGAGUGGAUCGGUACCGCUGGGCUGGCCCCUACUGCAACACAAUCAUGCAAAAAAAAAAAAAUUAAGGGUUCCCUCUUUAAACAGUCGAAGUGUGUAUGUGUUUGAGAGGGGGUACCGUAAAGUGCCGAAAAAUGAGACACGCAAAAAACCUGCUGAAGAGACAGCGGCACUCCUCCCAGCCAAAGGAAGGCUGCUAAAAUCUGGGAUCCGAGCAUUUGUCGCCGGACUCGAAAGUGGAUUCGGUGUCGGACAUUUUGAAGGAAGCAAAACAUCUCUGAAGACCCUCAGCCGCCGCCAAACUUGAACGAAGUUGGUUGUGUGGCCGUGACUGGCGGUCCUCCUUGUAGCGAGCGGUGUGUCCAGCAGAGAGAGACAGAGAGGGGGCAAAAGUUUUGCCUUUUUUGGACAAGAGCUCCGGAGAGACGCGGUCCCUGGCAGCUGCGUUGUCAAAACACCGGAGGGCCGAUUGUUUUGCACGCCUCGGUCCUCUCCCGGCUCCCGGCUCGCCCGGUCGUGCACGACUCCUCACAAUUUUACACGCGUUUCGGAGACGCACCAGCCCCGCUUCCAGACGGGUUUCACGCUCGCCAGCGAGUCCGCUCUCGUGUGGGAGGGGAACCGACACAAGGCAACUGCGAAACAUUUUUUAAUAUCUCGCUACUCUUUUUUUUAAAUUGGUUAUAAUGAAACAUUGUGACCCAAACGCCGCCUGUACGAACUCCGUGAAAAUCAAUAUGAUGAGCGGUUUGAAUAAUUGAUGUCGCCCGGUGCCGGUCAUUACAGCGUAACUGUAUUUUCGCCUUUUAUUAUUGGUUUCAUCUUCGCGAAGCGCUGGAGGGUAUUUGUAUUGCUGGGCAUCGAUGGGGGUACCCCUCGCCAUGGACUGGCCGUAGAAAAGCACACCUCUCUGGAAGGUUUUCUCUAACUCUCCCCAGCCCAGGAUAUCAUGGAGGAACCGGAGGAGCGAGCGGAGCUGGGGGACAUCGCCCAGCGCCUGAGGGAGGACGGGCUGACCCCGGGGGCCACGGCGGACGAGCGGCUGCGCCACCUGUGGCGCCUGUUCCUGCGCAGCGAGGGCAGCCUGCUGUCCGUCACGCAGGACCUGCAGGCGCUGCGCACGCAGCAGGCCGCGGAGAUGAAAGAGGUGGAAAACUACGUGGACCACAUCCGCAACCUGUCGGAGGAGCGGGAGACGCUGACGGCCGAGUACGAGCGGGAGAACGAGCAGCUCCGCCUGGACUUGCAGCAGCUGAGGGUCCAGCAAGAGGCCCAGCUGAAGGAGGUGGAGGAGAUGCUGGAGCAGGAAGGGCUGGAAGAGAUCACCCACAGCAGCCCCAGUGAGCAGAUCGCCUACCUGCUGGUGGAGAGGGCGACUCUCCUGGAGAAACUGGAGGCAGCCGAGAGGAAGCUGGACACCCAGAGUCUGACCGGCAGUCUGAGGGAAGUGCACCUGCAGGAGGAGCUGGAUCAGAUCAGACAGACACUGGAGGAGGAGCUGAGGCAGCAGCGAGAGUCUAUGCAGCGAACCAAAGAAACAAUGAACAAGGACUCGCAGUCCUCAGGCCAGAGCCCCUGGAAGAAGCUCUUCGGCGUGCGGAAGGCAGCACAGAGCACACAGCCUGGUGCUUCCGCUCACGGCGCCGAGCUGUCCGACGAGCGGCUGGCGCGCCAGCGUCUGGAGAGGGACCUGGACGAGGCAUCCCGCCGGCUGGCCAUGGCGCACGAGGAGAUCCGCCGGCUGAGCGACGAGCUGGACUCUGCCAGGCAGGCGGGGGGGCAGUGCGAGCCAGAGUUGCAGAGAGCCAAUGAGGAGGUGGAGCUGCUGAAAGAGGAGGUGGCCAAGCUCAAAGAGAGAGACGUGACCGAGCUGCAGAAGGCCAAAGAGCAGAACGACAGGCUGGACCGGGAGAUUCUGGCUCUGAGAGCCCGCGUGCGCCACCUGGACGCGGAGAGGAGAUCGCUGCUGGACACGGUGGAGAGCCUGAGAAGGGAGCCGCAGUCCGUCAGGGAUGGAGGAGGAAAGGCAGAAGAGUCACUGUCUCCUGCAGCUCUCCUGGGCCAGGUGAAGGCUGAAGAGCUCUCCGCCGGCCCUGGCCCUGAAAUACAGACUGCAGAUGCCAGCCUGAGCAAUAAGGAUCAAGAGGAGCUCAUCCAUAAAAGGUGCCGCCAGGAGGCCGAGGACCAGGCCUGCCGCCUGCGGGAGCUGCAGAGGCGGCUGCUCAAGCUGCAGGCGGAGCACGAGGAGCUGGUGGAGCGGAACGAGGAGCUGGAGGCGCUGCUGGGGGAGGCGCAGAACCGCAGCAAGGAGGAGCGGGAGCGGCACGAGGGCGAGGCCGAGGGCAUGCGGCGGAAGAUCAAACGCCUGGAGGGAGAGCUGAGUCAGCUUUCUCAGGAUCUGGAGGGACCUCAGCUGAAGAGGGAAAUUCAGCCCCUUGCCCUCACUAGUGAGCCAGAGGCCUACCUUCAGCAGCUGAAGAGCAGCAGCCAGGAGAAGCUGGCGGUGCUGGAGGGGCGUCUGACGGAAGAGCAGGAGUGGAGGAAGCAGCUCGAGGUCGACCUGACUGCUGCCCAGGGCACCCUGAAAAAGGAGAGGGAGGAGCUGCACAGGAGUCAGGGUGAGCUGAGGAGCUUGCGAAUGGAGACUCAGGCGCUGAGAGCUGGACUUCAGGAGAGCAGGUCCCUGAGCACCAGCCUCACACAGCUGCAGGGGGAGAAGGACUUGUUGGAGCACAAGGUGUCCGAGCUGGAGCGUGCACAGGCGCGGCUGGAAAGCGACUUGGAGCUGCAGCGGACAGCCAGCCGGGGGGCCCAGGAGGAGCUGAGGCAGAGCAGGGCGCGGGCCUCGGAGCUCAGGGCACAGGUCGGGGGGCUGAAGGCAGAGGUCGGCAGCCUGGAGAGGGAUCGAAACGCCCUGCGGGAUGCGCUGGCGGAGGGCCGCGCCCAGCUGGCGGAGCUCCAGAAGCAGCUGAACGAGGGCGCCCAGGACCGGCUGCGGCGGCAGGAGGAGAAGCAGAGGCUGAGCCUGGAGCUGCAGUGUGUGAGGGAGCAGCUGCACAGCGCGAGGGAGGAGGGCCGGAGGCUGAGGCAGGAGGCGGGGCGGGACCUCGGCUCCGCCCCGCCUGACAGGCCCAGGGACGAGGGGGCCAGCCAGAUGUCUUGUGUGCAGUUAGUGUCUCUCAAGGUGGAGAUGGGCAGACUCCAGACCACUCUGGAAGAGGAACGCCUGCUUGCCAGCCAGCACCAGCUGGCCCUACAGGCCCAGAUCAGCGAGGCCCAGGCACGGGCUAAGUCCCAGGAUGCCCUGCUCCAGCAGAAGGGAGAGGAGUGCCGGCAGAUCCGCCAGGACGCGCAGAGGACCCAGAGCCUGUUCACCUCGGCUGAGAGGGAGCUGCGCUACGAGCGGGAGAAAAACCUGGACCUGAAGAAGCACAACGCUCUUCUGGACCAGGAGAAGCUGAGGGUGUGUGCCGAGCUCAAGCAAGCCCAAGCCAGGCUGACCCAGCUGGAACAGAGCAGCGCCUCGCUGGGCGGGGAGCUGGAGCGCGUUCAGCAGAGGGCCAGAGAGCUGGAGCUCGAGAUGGCCAGGGGCUGCCAGAGCCGGCAGGCCCAGCACAGCCUGGAGGAGGAGCUGUGCUCGGAGAGAGCUCGGCUUCUCGCCGCCGAUAAGAAGGUCCUGGAGCUCCAGCAGCAGUUAAAGAGCGCCCUGCACCAGCUGCGUCUGGAGGAGACCCGCGCCAGCGAGGCCGACAGGCUGCACAGGGAAUCCAAGGAUAUGGCCCAGACCCUGGGGGCCCUGAGGGCCAAACUGCAAGAGGAGCAGCUUCAGAGGAAGCGGCUGGAGCAGAGGGAGGAGGAGCUGCAGCAGCAGGCGCGGUCUCUCCGGGAGAGGGAGGCGUCCCUGACCCGCGCCACCUCCGAGCUGGGGCUGCGGCUUCAGCAGCAGGAGGCCCGGCUGGGCGUCCAGCAGGCAGAGCACAGCGCGGCGGAGGAGGAGCACCGGCAUACUCAGAAGGCCAAUCAGAACCUCGCAGAGCAGCUGUUGUCAUGCCAACAGGAGUCGGAGAGGCUACAGGAAGAACUUCAGCAGGUCUUGCAGCAGCUGGAUUUGCAAGUCAGGAAGUACGAUGAGAAGCAGGCGCAGCACAAGGCCAAGCUGCGUAAGGCCAAGCAGGUCUUCGUGAAGGAGACCUCGGAGAGAGACGGCAGGAUUCAGCAGCUGGAGAACGACCUGGCUCUGGCCCACAGCCUGGCCGAGAAGGAGCAAGACUGGAUCAAGAAGGUCACUGAGGAGAACGAGAAGCUGCUCCUUGAGAAACGCCAUCUGCUGAAGAAGCUGAGCGAGGAGGAGGAGGUCGGCCACAUGAACAUGCGCACAACCUCCACCAUCCAGCACAGAGUCAACUUUCUUGAAGGGGAGAACAGGCAGCUGCAGGACAGAACCUUACAGCUUUCCACCCAGGUUGGAGCCCUCGAGCGAGCCUUGAGGAAUGUGCAGUCUGUCUGCAGCAUGGAGGAGCUCAAGAAAAUGUUUCCAGCUGAAAGUCUUCUCCUUAAUGGCAGUGUUCUGCAGCCCACAAACCCAAGUCUGGCGCCAGGCAUGUGCAGCCCCCUGGGCAUUCUGGAUGUGAUCCGGAGGGUGAAAACCGGCGAGCACCCCGAGAUCGGAAACGCCUCCCUCUCCCAGCCCUCCGAAAUCGGCUACCUGAACGUCACGUCCACCGCGGGCCCCACCGCGGCCCGGGAGCACGAGGACACGCCCAGCCUGGGCAGCGAUGAGGUCUGAGGGCCAGACGGGGUGCCCACACCUCCGCCCGGAACCGAGGCUCGAGCCAGGGACCGCCACACUGCCCGGCCUGGUGCCGCCCGUCAGACACGUGUGUAGCAGCUCCACCAUGUUUGACAGCUGACCCUGUUUUCAGGGGGAGUAACUCGGAUGAACAUAUCACAACCAUGACUCAUUACCUUUAAUUCCUUCCAGCCGGUUUAUAAGUAAUUUAAAAGCAUCAGUGACACCAAAAAGUCUUAUAUAACAUCAACACCUUCAUCAGUGCUACUUUUUUAUAAGCUCUUUUUAAAUUAUAUACAAAAUGAACCCUGUUUUGUACAGACGAGUGCUUAAGAUGUUGUGACGGGUGGGAUAUCGUUUAUUCCACUUGCUUCUGCUCAGUUGUGUGUCAGUCCCAUGCUGUUUCCCAAUGCCCUUGGCUCUUGUGGAUGCCCCCUUAGACUGGGACUGCUGGGUUAUGUAGAGUCAACACUGCAUCUUAUGUGAAAGGCAAAUACUCGAUACUUAAUAUCCUGGGUUUAACAGGCAUGCGCAACAGGCAUCAAAAUACAUAUAUUGAUAUAAACACUGCUCUGUAGUGCUCUGCAGGAGAGUUGAUAACCAGCACAUUUAAAUAACUAUACAGAUAACCCAACAUCAUGCACCCCUUUUCGGUGUAGAAAAUAUUAACACAACUGUGUUUGUACCAUGUGCAAUUCGGUGCUGUUUUUCUCUCUGGUUAUUGCAAUUCUCAUACCAUGCAGAUAGUUUUACUCAGGAUCCUCACAUCAAUAUCGCUGUCACUAUCAGUGUCACCAUAUCGCUAAAUAAUUACCUGUGCUAACUGCACAUCUACUAUGUGACUGCUUAUCGGUAACUUCAAAUAAUCAGCAUGUAAUCCCUCUUUACCUCCUGGUUAAAAUACUACAGUUUGCUGCUGUAUCCCCUCUAUUUACAACUGCUCAUCUCCAUGGCUUGCAGAGUUGACGCUGCACAAUCUAGUUCAGUCCAUUUUAUGAUGCACCUGGUAAUAAAUCGAUAACCUUUAGUAUCAGCCUACACCGUACGGUACUAGUCAAACAAGUGCUGAUUUUGUAGACUACGGAAGGCUGGGCAUUGUUUCUGUAAUUUCAGUUGUUCAGAGUGGUUACUGGAAAUAGAUUAACUACGCGGUGUUAUAAACAUUGCUAGCUGAGAAUACUUAAUAUGCCAGGAACUGUGAUAUUUUUGUUUAUUAUUUUAUAAUUGUGAGCAAACAUUUUGUGGUCUUCUGCCAUAGCUCUGUGGCACAUGUACUGGAAAUGUGAUCUCUGUAUUAUAGCCUCUCUAUAACGAUUUGUAGAUUGAUGUAUUUUUGUAAGAAUGACAGUAUUUUUUAAAUGCAAUACAAGAAGUGAUCCAAAGUUAGUGACUUCCACCCCAAUGUGCAGCACUGACAAUCUCUGUGGUACUAAGAAAUGUACAGUGGAAUGUGUGUGAUUGAUGCACUUUGUUCGGGCAGGAAUGUCUGUCUGGAUUUUUCGUAAGAAACAAGUUGAUGACAGGACCUGUCUUGCAUUUCGCACCUUCUAGUAAAACAGAGAUACUAUUUUUUAAUUCAAAAGAGCUUUAUUCUCUAUAAACCUGCAGGGUUUCAUAGAUUUAAGGUGAGAGGGUAAUGUGUUCUGUGUGGCUUAGCCAGUAGAGACUCUUGGUCGGAAGGCAGGCUGAGUGCUAUAGUCUUGCCAUUGCUAGAUCAAGCUUGGCGUCACAAGGUCCCAUUUACUGUAUUUAACCAGUGGGAUUGGUUGGGUUUGGAGCCUUAUGCAGACUGCCCAUAGCUUGCCAUUCAACAGCACCCCCUGUGGCUGGGUGGGGCGCCUGCAAUGCUCCAGUGAGAGCAAGAUCAGGCCUCCAUUAAGCAUCUGCUGUUCUCAUGUGUGUGAGGACAGAGGGCUUGAAAGUGCAGGGUUUUGAGGGGAGAAGAGAGGGGUAAAACCCUCAGUGCUGGUGUGAGGGUUAUAGUUUUAGAUCAAGCUCAUUGACAUUUGGUGACUCUGAAACUGAAAACAGGGCUGUGCACUUUUAACAUAGUUUUUCAACAUUGCAAUACUGUGCCAAAUCUCCAGAGGCACUCAGGUUCCACUAAUUGAAAUAGGGAUAGAGUGACAUUUCUGGCUACAAUCUUACUUGCACCACUAAGUCAGAAAUGCAUGUAUUCCACUUGCCGGUUAUCUGUUCUGUAUCUUUUUUGUUCUGAGUUAAGAGCUCUGGGGGUUCGAAUCACAAAACAGCUUACAGUCAGGAACAUGUGUAAAGGUCAAUUCAGGCUUGUUUUCUGUGGUUGUUAUUCAUUAGGUCCUGCUCUUCCAGAUGUGAGAUUUAGAUGUCUGGAGGUCUGCAAGACCUGGUCCUGAAUUCAAGUGAUAUUUGACCAUUGUUGCCAAUUCUGUGGAGACUGAAAGAAGUGUUUAUAUACAUGGAUAGGUCUCAACAGCACAGUCUCAAUCCCUAACUGAAGCAGAAUCCCUAACUGCUUAUAUCAAGUGGAACAAGAACAUGUAUUUUAUUCAGACUUAAGACGUAACGCCGUUUUUUAUUGUUUCCACCAUCUUCCGUAAAUUCAAUGAACCUAAUUCCGUACAUUAAACUUUAAAGGAAAUCCUGUGUUUCAAAAUGCCCUCCCCUCUCAUUCUGUUCUAGGCAUCUUAACACAAAAUUUGGUAAAACAACCAUAAUAUCACCAUAGUAUACAGUACACCAGCCUCCUCUUCUUUUAAGUUAUGUACUGUAUUUCCGCCUGCUGAGACUUUUGGCAAGGAAAUAUUUUAAGAGAAAUCUGACCAUUUCUAAACAUCAACUCUGUUAUGCUUUGUAAGAGCAACACAGAAAUACACAAUGGACCGUUUCCAAUCCUGCCGCCCAGCCAACAUUCAGCAGGAUGGAAAUGUUGCAUGUAGCUGAUUGGCUAAUGCGACUUCUCACACAAGUCUUGAAAAACACCCAAGCCUAGUUUUCUAAAACUGUCUGAAAGGGGGUAGUUAGUUAUGUUUGAGUUGUUACACGCCUCUAUUUCUCAGCUCUGUAGUUGCAAGGAUACUGAAACUACAGCAAUAAUAAAAGAAUAUGCUUUAUUUUUCUAAAUCAUGUACUUACGUAAUUAGUAAAUUGGGAAAAUGUAGCGGGUCUGUGAGUAUUUUACAUACAGAAGGCCUUAAUAAUGUAACUAAUAAUGUAACUCAUUUCUUUGUAUUUUGCUGUGAUGUACUCAUUUAUGGUUAGCAGUCAAAAGUCAAACCAUUGCUUGACCUUAUGUGUUACAUUUAGCUUUUAUUGAGCUUUUUGUUUCUCGAUAAGCUUUUUCAUUGCUAAGCCUUCACGAAUAAGAUCCAUUUACAACUGUGUAUAUAUAUACUAAAUUAUAUUUAUAUUGGUUAAUUUGUCUAGCUUGUAUAAUUUAGAUCUAGUUCAAGUGGAUAGCUGCAUCAGCAUGUGGAGGCUGCAAAGGAGCAAGUAUGGGUUUAUUCCGUGGUGAAAAGAGAACACAACGUUUCGGCUGUGGAGCUUCUUCUUCACAGACCCGAAGAAAGCACCAGAAAUGUGUUUCCUUUCUUCUCUUUUCAGCAUGUUAAUUUAAAUCUUAUGUCAUCUGGAUUUCUUUGAUCCAAGAAAUGUUAUUUCCAGAUAGAUUAAACAUACCUUGUGGCUUUUAUCCUGAAAUAUCCUGAAUAUUUCAGGGAAAAUGUACAGAAACCUAAGUAUAGUAUAAAAGCGAACCACAAUCACAAAUCCCUGUGUAAUUAACAGGAAUUGCAUCAUACAAAAAAAACAAAGAAAAUAUUUAUUUCGUUAUUUUCAAUGCAACAGCCCUUUUUAGGCAACAAAAUGAAGCAAAAAGAAACCUGGAUUUAAAAUUGAGGUGAUGUUUAAAGCAAUAUUUUUUUGCCGUUAAGUAGCCUUUUUCCCCUUUUCACUCACACACCCCAGGAACAGGUUCCUGUGGUUGGCCAUUAGAACAGAGAAGAGGAAGGAUUUAAAAAUUCAGUUGAGAGACCAGCAUGGCCACAUAACCGCAGCUGUGUCAAAUUACCUGGUGGCCACACACUCAAACCUUGAAGCAGCACAGCUCCAUUAGACUGCUGCUCACGCCACCAUCUAGCAGAAUACAAGUGAAAGCCAUCAAGCAAGUCUAUGACACAUCGCUAAAUAGAGCUUUUAGAAAGAUAUAACAGACCAGCUGUAGAGAGUUCAGGCAAGACAGUAACAUAUCUGUCAGCACAAAGGAUGCAUCAACAGAUGAUUGAUCUUUAUCACAAUUCAGGGCUUCAAUCCAAGGGAAUUUUAAGAAAAUUUAAAGCUUUUUUGGUUCACUUGGAUGGUUCUGCAAGUAAUAUAUCACAUACAUUUUUUUGUGUUUUUUUAACAGAAGCAGCUGGCCUGUGUCUUGAAUCAGGCUGCUGUGCACCUUGUUGAAUCUUUCUGCACAGCUUUGGACACUUCAGCUAAUCUUUCACUCAGCCUGUUCACUAUUUCUACAUCUGAACGCUUUGAAUUGAGCCAGGCUGUGGAUGUCACAGGACAGGUUUUUGAGGAAUCGUGUUACAUCCUGCCGCACGUAACCAUAACAUCAGACAAAAAGAUUAAACUAUAGCUAAUCGCAUGAUUUGUUAAAAAAAAAUUAGAAGCAUUGAGUGAAACAACACAUCAGAGCUCUUUUCAGUGUAGGUAUCCUUUAAGAUCAGCAGGAAUUUAAAAGCAUUUUUUUUUCAAAUGAAACUUUUCUUUCAUACAGCUCUUUGCAUCUUGUCAUUAAAGCAUGCAAAAUAUAGUGAUAUAGUAAAAGAUACAUUUUUAAAAAAAUACCGUUAAGUAUUCAGGAAGUUUUGCAACACUGUGAAUCUGAUUGUUUGUAUUUGAAAAACAAAAAUAAGUUAUUCCCUACCCAGUUAGUCAUGUUGCUGAGGGUAAAAAUUGAAAGGCUGUGUAUGCAUUAGUGCAUAUCAGCACAGAGAACUGAUACAGUAGCAAAGGCAUUCCUCUGGCGAGAGUAGGUCUGGUAACGGGAUGCUGUUCAUAUAGUGAUGUAGCCCAUUCCCUCUAGUCUUCCAAAAGCCAGUGCUGUUAUGACAUUAAAAUGUAAGUUGACAGUAUUUUCUGCUCGAUAGUGUGUUUACAAAGAUAAAGCAGUGAAAGGCACGAGGCCUCUUCAUUGCUCCCAUGCCUGGACCUCGAUCCCCAAUCUAUUGGCAGGUGAAGGCCCGUGCCAGCAAGCUACAGUAGUGAGAAGAAACUACGCAGUCAUCUGUUAGGAUACUCCCUGAGUACUUGCAGCUAGGACUGCCUGGAACAUGGCUCUUAGUGUACUAACAUAAAGACAAAGAGAGAAACAAGGCCUGAGUUAUGGAUUAGGAAUUGUAAUAGGAUACACUGUCAGUGGCUUCUAGAGCUCAGUAUUCCUAUUAACCAAGACCAGCUCUGUUAAGAAACUUAAUUUUAGGACUUGGAUCAUAUUGGCCCUUUAGCAAUACCAUGUUUGUGUUAUUUGUAAUGCAUUUUAUUUUUGCAAUUCAAUUUACCAGCGGCCUUUUUAUUCAAUUCCAUAUUUUCAUAUUUUCAAAAGCCUUAGAUUUUCUCUCUAACAGCUGUUGAGGUAAAGCAACUAAGAAAGGCGGCGAUUCUACAAAAAGUUAUAUUUUUAUUCCUUAUUCCAUAUCAAGGAUUCUGGGCCAUGUCCUCCCUGCUACCUGCCUGGUUGUGCGUUAAAGCAGCGUUUGUAGUUAAUUAGAAAUAUUGACAAGUUCAGUGUUUUUUUACAGACCUGUGACUGUAGCUUUUUCUUCUAUACCUUUUCCUGCUGUACAUGUUGAUAAAGAAAAAUGAACAUGCUGCUAAAUAUUGGGUCUCACUUGUUAAACUGACAGCAUUUUACCCAUGCUGUCACACUUGGCAAGCAAUGCUAUAUGGAGAACUAGUGGUACACUGCUGUCAGACAAGACACAGAAACGCUGUGACUAAUCUUACUCAAGUAAACUAUCUGCUUUUUGUA